GCAGUCUGAUGAGAGGAGCCUCGCGACCACCACCGACCACCUCCGCUCCAACGGUUAACGGUUACCGCCCCGACCAGCUAACCUGUUGGAUUUAACCGGAUAUUUGAGAAGCUCCUGGAACUAAAGGCAGGCGGCGUGUCUUCAGUUUGAUUGACAGUUAAGCGACCCAAUGAUGGAGGAGCUUCACGACGUCCAGCUGACUGAGAUCAAACCACUCCUGACCGGACAGCAGAAUGGGAGGAAUCUGCAGGACUUUGACUGCCAGGAGCACGAUGUGGAGACAACCUACGGUGUGCUGCACGUCACCAUGAGAGGGGUUGCCAAGGGCAACCGACCCACAAUCCUUACUUACCAUGACAUUGGACUCAACCAUAAAUCUUGCUUUAACAGCCUGUUUAACUACGAGGACAUGCAGGAAGUGACGCAGCAUUUCUCCGUUCUGCACGUUGAUGCUCCUGGACAGCAGGAGAAUGCUGCAGUGUUCCCCGCCGGGUACCAGUACCCCACCAUGGACGAGCUGGCUGAGAUGCUGCCGACUGUCCUGACACAGCUUCAGGUGAAGAGUGUGAUUGGUAUCGGCGUUGGAGCUGGAGCUUACGUACUCACCAAACUGGCACUGAAACAGCCUGGUCUCGUUGAGGGUUUGGUUCUGAUCAAUAUUGAUCCCUGUGCCAAAGGCUGGAUGGACUGGGCGGCCUCAAAGCUGAGCGGCUGGACAAGCAACCUGGUGGACACCAUUAUGGGACACCACUUCAGCACUGAUGAGUUAACAGAGAAUAAGGAGAUCAUCCAGACAUACAGACUCCACAUCUCUCAGGAUAUACCACAGGAGAACCUGGCCUUGUUCUACACUAGCUACGACAGUCGUACUGAGUUGUGCAUGGAGCGGCCGAUCCCUGGUUUGAAUGAAAACACAGUGACCACGCUCCGGUGUCCGGCUCUGUUGGUGGUUGGAGACACGUCGCCUGCCGUUGAUGCCGUGGUGGAGUGUAACUCCAGACUGAACCCCACCAACACCACCCUACUGAAGAUGGCAGACUGUGGAGGACUCCCUCAGGUGGUGCAGCCUGGAAAACUCGCAGAGGCCUUCAAGUACUUUGUCCAGGGAAUGGGCUACAUCCCUCAUGUCGUAUCAAACCGUCUGAGCAGCCAAUCAGUGCCCACAGCUGGAAUGACCCGGCUGGUCCGCUCCAGGACUCACUCGGCCUCCAGCGUCGGCUCCACAGAGGGCAUCCGGGGCCGCAACGCCAACAGUGUGCUGCCAGAGGCCGCCAACUCCAGCGGGCCUGAGCACACAGAAUCUCUGACCAUCCAGAUGACUGCAUAGGAUGUUUCCUGCUCUCUCUUUCUCGCCUCUCCUCAGUUCUUCUCCUCUCCUCCUCCUCUGAUGCCCGCUGCACUUGGAACUUGCCUCCGUCUCCAAACAGCAGCCGAGCGGUUCUGUUCUUGCCGUAAACUUUCCAAAGAGCUGAAAAAGCGUCCAAAAAUUUCUUUACUGGCUCAGUGUCAGUGGCGGCCGUGUUCCUUCUCUUUUCCUGCGCUCUCUAGGAGACUGAUGUCAGUUUAUACUUCCUCCCCUCAUUUCUGGAGGCAAGCGGCUGCGGUGGUGACACUGUAGAUGUUACUGUACAUGGUUCAUAUUUAAACAUGGUUGUGUUGCUCUCCUUCAGUGCGCUGUUAAAGACCACAUCUUCAUUUCUCUUCCAGUCAGCUAGCUGCACGAGACGAUUUUCAAACUUUCAAAACAUGGGAGAACUCAUGUGAUCAUGGGCCCAGUCUGCUCACUCCCAUUGGCUAUUAUUGCAUAGACAUAUGCAUUCAGGAGCUGUAAUAUAAUCAGAUUAACUCUACACACUCUGUGUACGACCAGCCUUGAAUUAGGGCCUAAAAUCGUCUCGUGUAACCAGCCCUAGUAUAGUUCACAUCCCUUCUUUUAUUCUUCUAAUCAUUACUAUUAUUUUGUUCUGACUGUUGAUGGUGGUGUUAGAUGUCAUGAUGUUUAAAGGUUCAAAAAAGGAAAAAUCUCCAGACUUACUGUUACUUUAAAGACAUAUUCCACCAUAAAAAUAGCUGUAUUUGGUUUAAAGUAGUUCUUAUAUGAGACAAAAUCCUUCUACCCAGAAAAACAAAUGAGUUACCUGGAGGCUUUGAUGCUGAUUUCAAGAUUUUAAAAAAGCUUGGUAUCAAACAAUGAAGCAUCGUGCAGCAGUUUGAAUAAUAAAUGUCUUUUUCUCUGUCGGUCUUUAAAGCUGCGGUUUGUGCUGGGGUCAAAGUGACCCAUUAUCUUCACCACAGAGAUCCAAAUUUGAUGGAAAGUUGUUUUUAUUUAAAUAUUUGUUGUGACAUAAGUCAGUGUGAUGCGGUGGCCCUGAAGGUCAACAGCUUAAAAGUUUCACCAAACACAAAAUAUUCAAUUAAACAUGAGAAACAUGUCAUAAAAUGCUAAAAUACAUCAUUGAAUGUAAUGACACUUCCUGUUAUGAUAAAAAAAAAUCAUAAAAAUGCCAUUUUAUUUUAAAAAAUCCAAAAAUAUCUUGCAGUGUUGGGCCGUACACCGGUAUUAAUACCAUCACAGGUAAAAUGCCUGGCACUGAAUGGAUUUUUGCAACUGGUUUAAAUGCAUGUGUGGAGUUGUAGUGCACACAGGAGGAAUAACUAACGCCGUAUUAGCAUAGCAGAGUGAUCUGUGACCGUCAACAGUUCAGUCUGAGUCAGUUAUCAGCAUGAUUUACACUAGCAUUCAGCCACAUUUUGUUCUGACUCCAUCGUUGCAGCUCAUCAUCAAACGUCCGCCUCAAUUAUGAGUCUACACUCUUGUAGUCUGACAUAUUAAACGGCGACCAUGACCACACUCUGACAGAAUAUCUAGUUUAACACCCUGACCUGACGUCAACGUUGUGCAUUAUGACGCUAACCAAUAGGAGAAUAUUUGCUCCUAAUCUUUGUAUCAGCAUUUACCAGAGUGAGUCCUUUCUUUUUCUGCCUCCAUACAGUAAAACUGUAUUGGCUAGAUUAUUUAGGCUUAUUUUCUUUCUAUUCCUUUCCUCUUGAUACAGUGGGACAAGGCCAUAAUUGUUAUCCAUAAUUCAUCAUUGUUUAUUGUUUGUUGUUUUCUUCUUUUUGAAAUACCGCUACCAUCACAUAGAGUGCUUCUGUUGUAGCAAUGGUUAAAACUCUUUGACCCACCUUCCCGACAGUUGUGACAUCAGCAUACAACGGAUGCUCAGGUUCACCAGGCCAGUCCAUCGGCUUAGACAGGACAUGGUUUUUGUACAGUCUGACAUGGUGUUGUCAUGAAAGACCAAAAAAUCUUUUUAGUCUGAGCCGGCCUGAACAGAGUGUGACCCAUGUGUACCGUUGUAUUUAACCACAGUAACCAGGAGAAACGUGUGUUUUCCUCUCUAAGUUUGAUGGCUGUAAUAACAGCAAGCAACAUACAGCGAGUGUGCUCCCUCUGCACAGCGUCUCUGAUGGUCUAUCUGGGGCCUAAACACAAGCUGUGAGCUACAACGGAUCAACUCUGUUUGACUUGAGCCUAGCGCUGCAGAGAUUUGUCUUCUAAUAGCUUAAACGGCUGUUUAAAGCUGUUUAAACUCGCUUGUGAGCUGUGGUGUGAAACCAGGUCAGAGUAGGAGCUGUAAGCAUCGUAGCUGUGUAAAUUUACCUGUUCCUAUGCUGAAGUGAAGUUAAAUUAAUGAUAAACACAUUAUUUCUUUCAGUUCCUUCAAAAUUAAAUUCCUUAGUCAUUAAUUUCCUCUAACGCAAAAAAACAUUUGAUAUUUAAUGUAUCGCCCAGGGCUAACAUCUUUUAUGAUGCAAAAACUUUUUUGUCAACCACAAAAACAUUUUGUAGACAUGAAUUUCAUAAACACAAAACAUGAAGGUUCUUGUAUUUUUUUUAAUAUUUUGAUGGUUUUUGAGUUGAAUAUUUUUGCAUUUAGUAAAAUGUUAUUUUGCUCCUGACCUCCAGAGCCACCGUAGUGUGAAGACUUCUUACUUAUCUAAACAUUUCUACUUGUUUUUGUUGCUGUGCAUUGACAGAAUAUUUAAGAAUGUUUUUUAUUAAAAAAAAAAUAUUUAAUUUAAAACCUAAAAUUAACUUUAUUUUCCUCGAACCUCCGUCUGUGAUGGUACAGCAGCCUGUCUCCUCUCUGGUUCCCCUUUUCUUACUGUCGCUUUUCUUCAGUCGAGGUGUGGCAGAUGCCACGGCCUUCUACGUUAACAGCACGCUCGAUGCUUGUCGUGGGGUUUUUGGCAUGCAAACCGUACAGUGGUAUCUUCUCGUGAGUAACUGAGUUGUUGUUCAGCUGUAAAACUGUCGUCUCUUCAGCUCAAAGACAAUUAAAAACUCCACAUGGAAAUGUUAUAUAAAACAAAUGAAACGGUUCAUUUCUUCCUCAAGGUGUCAAUGGAGGUGUGGACGUUUGUUAACUUUGAGGUGGAACUGUCAGCAGGGAUCUUUGCUCUGGAUCUAAAAUAUUCUGCUUUCAGUGUAUAGAGUGUGCCCGUAUUGAUGGUUUGGUUUAGUCUAGGCUGAUGUGUUUCUAUCUCACACUCUGACAGGAAGCGCUUGAUCCAAUAAAUUGCACUUUAAAUGUUUCUGUCAGAGUUUUGAACCCAGCGGCGUCACUCAUGAUCUUUCAUUUCAAACACCAACAGUGUAUGAGAACUGAACAGAGUCUUCUGGAUGUCAUUGGUUGUUAGAGAACUUCUCUUUUGAAGCCUUGUGUUUGCAGCUUUUUAGAAGCACAAGAGAUCUGUCGUAUUUGGACAUGAGUGUGGAGCUAAAGAGCAGCAGGCUAAACCUUGGAUGCUGUUUAAAUCUUAAAUCUAAUUUAAAAAGCAUUGCAGGGCCACAGAAUUUACCAUAGCUGAUCAGAAGAAAAUUGAAAAAAUCUGUGGGCCACAUUUGGCCCCCGGGCCAUAGUUUGGAUGCUGUAGCUGCAUCCACGCCAAUCUCUUUAAUGGCCACCAUUGUUUACAAAAUUUGGAGGUGCUUUAACCAAACCACGCCCACCUCCUCCUUCUCAAAUGAAGGUGAUUGGUCCAGUCAUUCUCUGACCAGGAACAAGCGAAUCAGUUUGACUCUUUGAGAGAUGGAGCUGCCUGGUGACAGACGUGAAUCUGAACAUCCACUGACGUUGUGAGGUUAAAGUUUGUUAGCUGUAAAAUUAAACCACUGCUGCUCUUCAGCUCCGCCUUUUUUUUUAUACAGCUAUUGCAAAUAUUUCUUCAGAGACAGUCUGAUCUGUAAUUAAAAUACCAAACAUGUUUGAUAUUUAUGAUUCCAGAUCAGGGAGGCUCUGACGGUGUCAGGUUCAAGCUCGGGUUCUUGUUUUGCAGCCAUUGAGACAGAGCGUCCAUUUAUGACACGCAAAUUAUAAAACGAAAACUAACAUGUAGGGAAAUUCGAUAUUUGCUGAGCAUUAGCUUCACAUUAAGACCAGCAGACUUCCACUUCUCAUACACCGUUUAGGAGUUUGAGACAGCAAUGAUGAACCUUUUAUGAUGUGACAGUUCCCCUCCAUCUGCACCAAAGGACUGGGUACAAAUACCAGCGUUGUUAAAAGCCCAUAUGUAGUUUUGUUCAAGUUUCAGAAGCAUUAAAUGUUUCCUGGGAGCCUCUCUGUACCCCAAAAAGUGAAAAUAUUAACGUCUUCUAAAUUUUCUCCAGUUGAUCCUGCUGUCUUUUCUUGUUCUUAGUAUUUAUUAAAAUAUUACUUUAACGUUUGUACUGAAGCAUUGGUAGCUGUUCUGUUAACGAUGAGAUUUGUUGUUUCAUGAAUUCUUCUGUAAACAAGUUUGUAAUUUAAUAAAGCUUGUUAAAUAUUAA